AUGACCUCAAGCUUUUAUGGUGGUGGUUGCAUGUGUGUGUGUGUGAGAGAGAGAGAGAGGACUAAAGAAAAGAAACGAUUCAGAUGUGAAGCUCUUUAUCAACUCCAAUUAAAAACAUGGGGAGUAGUUGAAUCUGGUCUCCAUUCUCAAAUUUAUGCAACCGUAUGGCUCCGCCACCCGCACCUUCUCACGCCAUCAUCCUUCCCAUGGAAUCCCCGUUUCUUCUUCUUUAAGAGGUUGAUGAAGAUGACUAUCAUUGGGAGACUCAAGAAAGGGAAUAUCUUGAAAUUUUCACAUGAUUCUGUUGCCACAAAAUCACAAUUAAAUGAAUUACUGAUGUCAUGGUUGGAUCACGAACUCUGAUUGGAGGAAUUUUUAGACGCUCAGGCCUCAAGCGCUUUGAAAGUAAUAAAUACUUGGAUUACACUCUCACUCCUAUACAGAAGGAGCGUCUUCAAAGGCUUCAAGAAAGGUUGAACAUACCAUUUGAUGAAGAAAGCCUUGAACAUCAAAAAGCUCUCAUAGAUUUGUGGUAUUUAGCAUAUCCGGAUGUUAAACUUCAAAGUUUGACCUCAGAGCAAUGGAAGGAUAUGGGGUGAAUCCAUCAACCGACUUUAGGGGUUGCGGAUUUAUUUCACUUGAGAAUUUGCUGUUUUUAGCUAAAAAAUUUCCGGUUAUUAUUUAAACAAUCCGGUGACCGAGCAACAUGGGAAUACCCUUUUGCAGCUGCGGGCGUCAAUAUAUCGUAUAUGUUGAUUCAGAUGUUAGAUUUAUAUUCAGUUAAACCUACAUGCCUUCCUGGUGCUAAUUUUCUAAGAUUAUUAGAAGGCUGAAGAAGCAUUUGAUAUUCUAUACUGUGUAACUUUUGCUUUGAUGGAUGCUCAAUGGCUUGCAAUGCGUGCAUCAUAUAUGGAAUUCAAGGAAAUACUACAAAUUACUCGAGCACAAUUGGAGAGAGAACUAUCAUUGGAAGACAUUUAUCGAAUACAAGAUUUGCCAGCUUACAAUAUACUUGAUAGUUAGGUCAUCAUCAGUUGCCUUUUCUAGAGAUUGGGGAGUAUAAUACAUGCUCUCUAUUUUAGACCCUUUUCUCUUUUCUUUUUCUCUUAAGUUGUUUUUUUAGAUAAAUAAAAAACAUAUAUUCACAGCUUACCAUAUGAAGUCUAUUAAGUAAUUUUUUUUUUUUCGUUUCACUAUAGUGGAUGAAUGUCUCGUGGACUAUUGGACAUAACAACAAACAGUUGAUGUGCAUUUUAUCAA